AUGCGCAUCGAACUUGCAUUUGAGCGCCCUCCUCCGUUUAUGACCGGCCGUGCCCCGAUCCUGCGCGUCUUUGUGCCGAUCUCGGACAGAGUUCCCCGCUGGCCGUCCAAGGAGGGCGCUGAUGCGUCGUGGCGUGAACUUGAAAAGUGCGGUGCAAGCAAGCGGAUGCGCCUGGGCGAUCUCGUGGUCAACACAGCCCUCAGUAGGCCGUCCAACACUGAGCACGUCCUCAUCUUCGUGCCCUUUGUGCAGCACAAGCUUGUGCCGCUCGAGUACGUGCACUGCAGCACUGGUCACCUCCCGCAUUACCUUGAUGCGUUCGCGCUCUCGCCGACGUACUACGACCCCUUCCUGCCGACGCCGCAGAUCAUCUAUCUCGACUUUGCGCCGUGGGCGCAGCAGGCGAUGGCCUCGGUGCGCCUCGCGUACGAGCGCAGAGACCACACCACAACCUCUGGCGCCCGCAUCAGUGCCAAGCGCUACCUCCAUGUCGGCGGUAUCGAGGUCAAGCCUGGCGACCGGGCCGCGCCCGAGUGGCGUGGCAUGAUCUCCCUCGAGGCCGAGGGCACGGCCGAGGGCCGGCAGGCGAUGGAGGCGCGAUUCGGCCACGGCGACGCGGCGCGCGCGAUCAUGGGCCCAUGGGAGGUUGUGCGCGAGCGCUCGAUGCUCGGCAGCCUCUGGCUGCGUCUCAUCCCCGAGAGCCAGUAA